UGGUUUUUUGUCAUUCUGUUUUGUGCUUUCAGCACUUCACUUGUCAAUCUAGUUUACUAGCUAACAUCACUCAACAACAUUCCUAACUGUGAUUAGUUUGUGGUGUGCAUAUACCCCCUUAAAUGUUUUGUGUAAGACAAAUUAUUGUUAUGGCUUUAAGUCUGGGAAGUGGCAGUUAAACUGCUUUUCUGCAGAAAGACAAGAGCUAUGUAAUCUAUGUUUCACUUUCCUCUGACUGUUUAAUGCUCUUCACUGACUAUCAAACAUUGAUAAUAGUUGCAUAUUUUCCCAAGAAUAUUGGUUUUAAAUCAGAACUAACAGAGUUAUAUUUUUAUCAAUUUUCAGCUUGUUAGUACAUGAAUUUUGAAACAAACAAGAACAUGGGCGUAGAAGGAGGUGCUAAAAUCCUCAAAUUUUUGGUUUUCUUUUUCAAUUUCAUCUUCUUUAUUUUUGGCUGUGUGCUUGUUGGCGUUGGAGCUUGGGUUCUGGUUGACUCUGGCGACUAUGUGACAUUGACCAAGGAGGUGCCUUAUGCAACUGGACCUAGGGUUUUGAUUGCGGCAGGUGCACUCGUUGCAAUUGUGGCAUUCCUUGGGUGCUGUGGAGCCUGGAAAGAGAACCGCUGCAUGCUGGUCAUUUUCUUUAUUCUCCUUCUUGUGAUCCUGUCCUUGGAGAUUGCUGCAGGAGUAUUGGGAUAUAAGAAUCGUGACAAGGUUGAGAACAAUCUUGACAAAGAUUUUUUGAGGGAACUCCGACAGCAUUACAAUGAAAGUGGAAGUGAAGGAGCUACCAAGGGAAUUGAUACACUGCAGGAAAAGGAGAAGUGUUGUGGCUGGUAUAACUACACAGACUGGUACCAGUCAAAGUUUGGAGGGCAGACCAACAGAGUUCCAGACAGUUGCUGCAAAGACGUUGUUAAAGAUUGUGGAACCAAAAAGGAUAUUUCCCUUUGGUAUCAAGAGGGUUGCAAGACGAAUCUGGAGGACUUGCUCAAAAGCAAGUUGAAAUAUGUGGGUGCCAUUGCUGUUGCUAUUAUUGUCAUCCAGCUCCUUGGGAUGAUAUUUGCUGCUGUUUUGAUCUGCAAGAUUGGUGAUGGAACAACUUAUGCCUAAAACUCACAAUCGUGUUAAUCUUCUCUUUAAAGAUGCAAAAUGCAGUCCUUUGUUUGGAAAUAACCAUUAUGUAAACCAGACAUGUGCUGAAAAUUUCUUUAUCUGACUUUUUGUAUUUAACAGGCUAGGGUUUAAUGUUAGAGUCAUUUUCGUAUAACAGUUUUCAUAAUUUGACGGUUUUCUUGGUUUGUCUCAAAUAAAAAAAGUUUGUUAAAAAAAUUUGAUUUGUUAGUUCUUCUUUUUGUAUUUUGAUUUGUUUUUGUUGUAGUUUGGUCAGUAAGAUAGGCUACUUCAUUUUUUGUUUGUUGUUUCAAUGUGUCCUGAUCAAGAGCAGGUCUCUAUUUAUAAAAGAACCUUGCACUCUCUCUAUAUGACUUUUAA